AUGUUGGACGGCCUAGUGAGGAGCGUCUCCUCGACCGAGCCGCAUGAUAUAGCCACUGGGGAGCAGACAAGGCUACAUCGCGUCGUUUAUCUCCUGCUUUCAGUACUUCUUGUGUGGCGACUAUGGGCAUUCACCAUCUCGCCGCGGCUCCAUCGUGACAGAUUAGAGUACCUCCCAUAUUGGAUUCCAUAUCUAGGUCAUGCCAUACCUUUCUUUAGAAAUUCUAGCACCCUCUUUGCUCGGGCAAAGAAAGAGUUCAACCACAAGUUGUGUGCCCUACGUAUAGCCGGGCAGGAUCUUGUGAUGGUCACGACCGCGGCCCAAAUUGCCGCGAUUGAUCGUGACAGCCAGACAUUUGCUUUCGAACCAUUCGUAGACAUGGUGUACGAGGAGAUCGCCACUGUCUCGUGCGCGAGCAAGCCGAUUUUGUGGAAGACGCCGGCGGAAGGUUAUGAAUCGCUUUUUCCAAACGCCAAACAAAUGACCGCCGCACAUACAGGAAUCCAUCUGCUGCACAAACAGCUCACACAACCAGAUGCAAUGCACCGUUUUAUGGCUAAAUCCCUAGCCCAUGUGAACAUGACACUGCAGUGGAACUCGUUCUACCAGACGAGCGUCCUCGCCUCCACCCCAGACGUCAAGGUGGUUUCUCUGGAAUGCUUGUGUCGUGAUGUGAUCAUCGAUGCCCAGCUCACAUCAUUUUUUGGCCCUCGCAUACUGGAGCUCGAGCCCAAUAUCCGAUCGUUUCUGAAAGCAUGGGAUCACAUCAGUUGGCAGGUCACAUACAAACUCCCAUCCUUUCUAGCCAAGCAUGCCACGCAGCUCCGGGACCAUCUCAUUGAGGUUCUCGUGGAAUACUACGCCGUCCCCGCCGAGCAGCGGCCAGGCUCUGUCUCCUUCGUUAAUGAUGUCUAUAACGACUAUAAGCAAGCCGGAAUUCCGGAUCGAGAUAUUGCAGGCAUCGUUUUUACGAUCCUUUGGGGGCUUAAUUCCAAUGUCAACGCGAUAUCAUACUGGAUGAUCGUCCAUCUGAUGAGCCACCCCACCGUGGUGAACGAGAUCCGAGAGGAGAUUGCGCCGAUGAUGCGGGCCCUCGACUCUGCCCCUACGAUGGAUGGGACGAUCCUUGCGGAGGUCACCAAAGACCCACUGCUAAACGGCUGUCCCAUCUUGAAUUCCACGUUCAAUGAGACCUUGCGGUUCACCGCCACCGGCAGUAGCUUUCGUGAAACUACGAGAGAUACGACCCUGGAAGGUUAUUGCAUCCCGAAAGGUACCAAAAUGAUCAUCCCGCAGCGGACUCAAAUGAUGCACAGUCUGGCCUUUGGACCGGAUCCUCAAGAUUUUGAUUGCUACCGGUUCUACCGGGACAAAUCCCUUCUGCGAAAGGUGGAGUUUCGCGGGUUCGGUGGCGGUACAACGUUGUGCAGCGGGAGGAUUGUGGGCAGGCAUCAAGUGUUGGCCUAUCUGGCACUUCUCCUUUGGAGGUACGACUUGGAGGUAAUUGGGCCGGACCAAGAAGUGUUGGGGGUGCGAGGGAAAGGCUUCCCAAGGCUUGACGAAGCUAAACCAAGCCUCGGACCGGGAAAGCCCAUGGCGGGAGACGAUCAGAUCCUUAGAUUGACUCGCCGUACGGUGUAG